GGCAUCGCUUGCAUGCCAGUUGCGUGACGGCCAUCCAUUGAAAACAUAGAGUCUCUGCUUUUAUCACAGGAAAAUCUUGUUUCUGCCCAGGAAAAAUGAUGGCUUUCUCGAGGAACUGCCUCCAGGUUGCUAGGGGAGCCGGAAUUGUGUUUUCCCGGUCCAAGCACACUCUGCCUCAGCUUCCCUAUGACUACGCCGCCCUGGAGCCGAUCAUCUGCCGCGAGAUCAUGGAAUUGCACCACCAAAAGCACCAUCAAACCUACGUGAACAACCUGAAUGCCGCCGAGGAGCAACUUCAGGAGGCUCUGCAGAAGAGCGACGCCUCGAAAGUGGUGGCUCUGGGUGGUGCUCUCAAGUUCAACGGUGGUGGACACAUUAAUCACUCCAUCUUCUGGCAGAACCUCAGCCCAGAGCGCUCGGAUCCGUCGAAGGAGCUCAAGGAGGCGCUGGAGAAGCGCUUCGGCAGCUUCGACAACUUCAAGAAGGAGCUCUCGACGCUCACUGUUGCUGUCCAGGGCUCCGGCUGGGGGUGGCUGGGCUACAACAAGAAGACCAAGCAGGUGGAUAUCGCCGCGUGCGCCAAUCAGGACCCCCUUGAGGCCACCACGGGUCUCGUGCCACUCUUCGGCAUCGACGUCUGGGAGCACGCCUACUAUCUGCAGUACAAGAAUGUGCGUCCCACCUACGUUCAGGCCAUCUUCGACAUCGCAAAUUGGAAGGAUGUAUCGCAGCGCUUCGCUCAGGCCCAGAAGAGCUAAAGAUUCUCACACUGCAUUUAAUAUUUUCCCAUCAAAGCGCUGUUCUACCAAUAAAACGGUUU